AUGUGGCAGGACCAAGCGCUCCGACAGCAACGGCGCCGUGAAGAAGCGGAGCGUGACAACGUCCGCCUGAAACUCGCCGUUGAGCGGCAGCGGAAGGUGGCCAACAGUCUGCAGAACUUGAUGAAGAAGCGAGCGAACCAAUUGACGAAGGAGUGUGGAGCUUUGACGAGCCAACCAUUCUUAGAGCACCAUAUCGUGAACGUGCUGAAUGUGGACGGAGACAUGGAAGAAGACUUUCGAAGGCUUAUCCGACACCUGGAGACUGCGUAUCGGGGCUUGGAUGCGGUGUUUACAGCCAACGGUCUGGCGAGCCCGACGCUUUCCCCCGGUGACGUUCACUUGCGCGAAAGCGUCGACGGCAGAUACCUCGAGUGCUUUAGUCACAAGUCGCUACCUUUUGAUAUGCGCGCGACUACCGAGGCUAUCUGGCAACACUUCAAAGGAGUCGACAAACACUAUGGCGCCGGCAGUCUCUACAAGAAAGCUGCAAAGAAUCUUGACGAGCCAUACACGAUCAUCGAAAACUUUACGAAGGAGCUAUACGCUGACACGUCUCGAGCUGACAUCAAGGUUAAGCAAGUCGUGCGGCGUUACAUGGAGACUGACCGCGACGUCGUGAUUUGGGUCGCACAAGUAGCGCCCGCCCAGAUUAAGCACAAGCUACUUCGUGGCUUCACAUAUUAUCUUCGCGGCUACGCAGUGACGAAGCGGUCACUGGACUCCACCACAGGUCAUGAGCUCGCGGAACUUCAGCAGUGCUCGCUGAUUUCCCUUGACCGAGACGCCCACAUGAAGCUCGGCACAGCAAAUCUGCAUGCUCUGACCAACUUUCUGGUGGCGAACACCGCACAAAAUAUCCGCUCACACCGCGAGUGCAUUGAGAACAUCCUCCUUGACCAGGCUGUGGCAAGCCGCAUAGCCAAAAGUGGCUAGAAAUUAAUGACAAUAUUCGUCAGUGUACAAUU